CCCCCUCCUCUCUGAGAGCGGCUCCUCUCCUCUGCUCUCCUCAGCCUGGAGUCUGAAACCAGGAGGAACUUUGACCGGGGCUCCAGCUGCUAGUUAGCACCCAGCUAGCUCUCUCCUGGACAGUUUUGAUAUUUGUGUGUGUGUUGUUUCUUAUGCAGAGAGAUGUGGUUUAUUUAUUUACUCAGCUGGUUGUCCCUGGUGAUCCAGAUCUCGUUCGUCACUCUCGCUAUAGCUGCCGGCCUGUACUACUUGGCAGAACUAAUAGAAGAAUACACAGUAGCCACCAGUCGAAUAAUAAAGUACAUGAUACUGUUCUCCACAGGUGUGUUGGCAGCUCUCUAUGUUUUUGAAGGCUUCCCCAUAGUAAUGGUGGGAGUUGGCCUCUUCACCAACCUGGUGUACUUUGGCCUCCUGCAGACGUUCCCCUACAUUCUGCUCAGCUCCCCAAACUUCAUCCUCUCCUGUGUGUUGGUCGUAGUGAACCAUUAUAUGGCCUUCCAGUAUUUUGCACAAGAAUAUUAUCCAUUCUCAGAGGUGUUGGCAUACUUCACCAUCUGCCUGUGGGUGAUCCCCUUCGCCUUCUUUGUGUCACUGUCAGCGGGAGAAAAUGUGCUUCCGUCCACCAUGCAACAAGGAGAUGACGUGGUGUCAAAUUACUUCACCAAGGGCAAGAGAGGGAAGAGGUCUGGCAUCCUUCUCGUGUUCUCGUUCCUCAAGGAGGCGGUGCUGCCCAGCCGACAGAAAAUGUACUGAGGGGCUGGGACUCGGGGUGCAGCCUCUGGGUUUGGAUUUGUGUGUGUGUUUGUGUGUGUGUGUGUGAGUGAGUGAGCGAGUAUGUGAACGUUCAUGGGAAGCAGGAAGGACUGUGAAACAAAAUUUGUAUCCGGAUGGGACUAAAACUUAAGCAGUGGCCAAAAUAGGAAGAAGAAGAGCACAGGAAGAGGACGGACCAAUGAACAGGACAGAGCUUCAUGCUGGAUGAGUUUACAAAGGCCACGUUCGUCUCUCCUUGUCUGUCUUAUGUGUGUCUGUCUGUGUGUUUACUGACUGCCAACAACAUCUACUAGAGACCUCACUGAGGGGGGUCUUCUCUGUAGCGCAACGCUUUCUUAUCGUCACGUUGGACUCCUCCAUUUUUUAAAGCUUUGUUAUGAAAAUGUGUGAGCAGGGUCUGACAUUAACAAACGUAAGCUUGUAAAGUUUGAGUUUUGCAGAUAAAUCAUCACUUUGUUCUUGAGAUGAAUCUGUUAUCAGUUGUUUUAUAGGUUUCACACUUCUACUUCAAAUACACAAAAGUAGCAUCGAAGACAAACUCUUAAGUAGUAAAGACUUUCUCCUCAGAUUAAGGAGUUGAGAUGAAUGAGACAGCACUAAGGUACUCUCUGGCUAAAUCCUGAUCUCAAAGCUUUGAUUUGGUGCCAAGUGAUCCAAGAAAGCUGCGGGCAGGACACCACAGAAGGGCUUAUUGAGAUCACCUACAGUAGAGUGAAGUUGUAAUGAAUCAGCCCUUUAGAGACAUCCUGUUUCAAUUAAAAGGUGUGACGUCUUUAAAGGGAUAAUGCGUUUUUUUAAAGCAGGGUUAUAUGAGGUACUUGUCUAUAGUAAGUGUAUUACCUACAGAUGAUUCUGAUCAGCUUGGCCCUUUAGUUCAAGAACUGGCAUGGAAGCUAGGCUGUCAACCGCUGCAGAUUAGGCCAGUUUGACCACGUAAUGUAGCUACAUUUAAAAAACCCUAACCCAAACACUUCUGUUUUUAUCGGGCUAACUCAGUAAUAGCUGUAAAGUUAGCCGUGAAUUGUGGUGAGGCAAACAACGGACCAUGGGUUGUGCUCGUCUGCGAUAAAAUCAAACUAUGACAGCGGAAAAUGCUCUUUGAAGACGGACUUACAUUCAGCUUUUCUGGUUUUCUGAUUUAACUCCUGAAAAUUGAAAAUCGGGUACAACAGCGGUGUUCAGUAAAACAGGGGAGUCUGGAUGGUGAUGCAGACUGCAGCUGUAUGUGAGCCACCUGUACCCUCUGAUUUAGAAAGGUCCUUGAAUAUGGUUGUGGCCAAGUCCUUCUUGUGAUAGCAGGAGCUCUCAGUUCGUGGGUUUGGGCUCACAGUUUACAAACCUGCACCACCAGGUAACUUGGGAUCUCUCCUGCUCUCCACAGAAGUUUCCUUCCUCUCUCUUUUAGUCUGUUAAGUCAUAUUCUUCUUCUGUACACUCUGAUUAGUAAAGGUGUCCUCUUGUUCAAGAAACGACAUGUCAUCGCUUCAAUCAGAAUCCUUAAUUCCCUUUUGUUUGGUUGUAUUUUUGUCCCUUUCGAAGCUUUUGUGCGGCCGGUGGAAGGACCAGAAAAGUGUGAAAACAAAAUAGCUUUCUGACAGUAAAGGAAUGCUCUUAGAAAUUUAACAUUAACCACCAUUAUUGUUUGGGUCAAAGUUUCGUAAAGAUGAGCUAAAUCACAUGGUAGAGUUGACCUCGUCUGCAGCGGUUGAUGGCGUAGCUUCCAUGCCAGUUCUCCGGCUGGCUUCCCUACAAAGGGGGUUGAGCUGACCACGUUCUCCUUUGAGUAAUACGCUAACUAUCGACAAGGACCUCAUACAACCCCACUUAAAAAAACGAACUAUCCCUUUAAAGCUCUCUGCCUCAGUUCAUCACAUGUAGAAAAGGAUCACUUCUACAUAACAACCUUUAUAAUAUCAUUUGGAUCAUUAACAAGUGGCCACAAAAUCGCACUUUUCCCCCUUUUUGUUUCUUUGUCUUAAGUCUACGUAUUAACGAGUCACAGCGCUGUAGUCUGAAACACACCUGUCCUUUUUUUGACUGUUUUAAAAAAAUAAAAAACCCAGUAAUGACGAACCGUUUUUUUUUUUCUUUUUUAAAUCGAUUGUUGAGUUAACCCAACAUCAAAGUGAAAAACAGCUUUGAAGAUGAAACCUGUGCUACGACUCCUGAAAGCUCACAGGUGUCAGGGACAAAAGCUGCUCAGAGUGGUCGGAUGAAAGAAGUACUUCUACUGAUAAGGCUGAAAUUCUUUUUACCAAUUACUGAGAGCGACUCAUUGUAGGCUGGAAUGCACACAAGUGUAAAAUAAAAUAAAAAGAUUUUGUUGAAAUAA